CAGAGCUGCUUCUGAGUGCCAAGAAAUCUGCGCUAGUCAAGGAUCCACGGGGUCAAAUGAUGCCCUUCCUCCGAGGUUUCCAGCAAACGUGCUUGGUUUAAGGGAUGAUAAUCCUCCAGACAGUACGGCUAUCAAGCAUAAGGAAGGAAUCUACAGUAAGAGGCCCAAGCCCAAGCUAGCCUGGGCUGAGGAGCAAAUGAUACCACUGGAAGCUUCCCCAGAACAUGCAGAUCAUUCGAAGUCUGUAAAAACCACUCAUUCGGUCUUCAAAUCUGCACGGUUCUACCUUCAUCAUCCAAUGCCAGUGUGUGAGAGCUACUUCCUGUCUAACAGCGAGCUGUCAGAAGAUGGUUCUGGUAUUGGACAUGCUAGACCUUCCUCAAGUGUUGUCUUGCAGAGUCGGAAAAAAGCACAUCGUCAUCAGUGUGUUUUCUCUGUUCGUCAUAAAAAAGAUGGUGAAAAUGAAUUCUUUCCACUCACUGCAGAAGAAGAUUACAGCAAGAAUGAGGAUCUAAAUGUUAGCACAUCUCUGGGGAAUGAAACAUCAGGAGAGGAGCUACUUCAACAUGGCAGACGAGAAGCAGAACAAAAGGCAGCUAGAAGUUAUCCUUUGCCACGUAGCCAAACAACUCGCCUAAAUGAGAAUGUGGAGAAAGACCGACCACCAAGACAGAGAACCCAGUCCAGUAGUAGCUUAGAUGAACUCUGGAUUAAGUUUUUGGAGUGCCGGAAGAGACACCAGCACCAUGAUUUUAGGAGUAACGGUGAGCUGUCACUUGUUGAACGCCUCGAUCGAUUGGCCAGGGUCCUUCAGAAUCCCAUUAGGCAUACACUAAUACCAACAAAAUCUGAAAAGAAAAUAAAGGGAAGAGAACAGAAGAGAAUAAGACUGCCAGAGAAGAGCAGGUCUGAAAGUACCUUAAAGCCUGAUGCAACCCAUGUUGAAGGAAGACCAUAUAUCACCCAUGAUAAAAAUAACUUUGUUGAGCUUGGGAAAAAUAGGUCAGGAGAAAAAAUUACGAAUAAAAUUUCGGAGCAUCAGCAGUACUUGGAAACUCCUAGUGACACUUCCUCAGAGGCAAGGCUCAGUACAGAUCAUGGCACCACAAUCAGUUCUACCACCUCAGAAUCCGAUGUGGUGACCCAAACAGAGAUGGAAACUGCUACUCAGACUGAGGUGAGCAGUUCCAUUUCCACCAUUGAUACUGCCAGGCUGAUCAGGGCUUUUGGACAUGAAAGAGUGCGGGUGUCACCAAGACUCUCCCAGCUUUAUUGUACCAUCAACCACCAGAAAAGUCGCUCUGAAAAGUGGGACAAGGGAAGUGGCAAAGCAGUGGGUGUAGAAUAUCCAAAGGUUACUUCUGAGAGACACAGGAAAAAGAAAGAGAUACAGAAUGCAAUCUCAUCGGGAUCAACUUCUGCAAGCAGCAGUUCUUGGGGGCCAAGCUCUGCUCUUAGUAACAAGCGACGGACACGGAUGCUAAACAAAGGUAUCCAAGCAGGAGACUUGGAGAUUGUGAACAGUGGAACUAAGAAAAAUACUCGAGAUGUUGGUGUGACUUUUCCUACCCCAAGAUCUAGCCAGCCAAAUCAAUGGCCACAGGAACCCUGGCAUUGUGUUGAUGGUAAUUUUGGAGAGUCAGAUGGUAUGGUCACAGAUCAUCAGGCAGCAGGAAGCAAGAGUAAGCAGAAGGGACAGCCAGGCAAUUUUUUCAUGGAGAAAAGGACAAAAAGGAGUAGGCUGCAUGUACCACAAGGGAUUUCAUGGUUCGUCCAAGCAGAAGACUUGAAAUCUGAAUCUAGGAAAGAAAACCAUUCCAAUUCCUUUUCUGGUCCUGGUCCAUCUUGGUUUGAACCAUUGACCAGCACAAAGCCUUGGAGAGAGCCUCUCCGAGAGAAGAACUGGCAAGAGCAUCAGCACAGCAACAUGAUUCAGCCAGCAGUUCCAGAAAGAGAUGCUGAAAACAGGUCCUUGCGGCCGUUUGUGAAGCUUACACUACAGGAGGCUCUUGCAGUGCAUCGCCCUGAUUUCAUUUCCCGCUCUGGAGAGCGUGUGAAGCAUCUGAAGCUUGUAAUGGAGGAAAGGAGGAUACAGAGCAUACUGCAGUCUGAACGAGAAGAGCUGUUUAAUCCUCCAGAGAAAAGAAAGGGCUACAGGAAUGCAAGUCACAUGCUGUCCGACAGAGGUUUUCUGAUUAGAGAAAAGAGAAGAACAAUUCCAAAGAGUGAAAUGGUUCAAAGAUCUAAACGGAUCUAUGAGCAGCUGCCAGAGGUGCAGAAGAAGCGAGAGGAAGAGAAGAGAAAAAUGGAAUACAACUCAUACCGCCUGAAAGCACAGCUUUACAAAGCGAAAAUCACCAACCGUGUCUUAGGGAGGAAGGUGCCUUGGAACUGAUAAAGAUCUCCUGUUCAAACGAACGUGUACCAUACUUAGUAAACUUGCAGCAUAAAGGAGAUUGUGAUGUGAAAAAGAUAAUGCAGUAAAUACUUGUGCUGUGUAUGUUUCGGGGUAUUCAGUUUUGUUACUUUUGUACUAACAUAAUCUUGCCAUAUUUGAGAAUCAAUCACUUGAUAUUUAAAUAAAUGGCUGUUUUUU